AUCGGGAUCUCGACCCGACGACUAUCUGCAUUAUAAAAUCCUCCCAAAAAAGCAAAAAAAGAGAAUUCAAUAUCCUCAGUAAAAACGGAGAAGCAGAACAAAUAUCAUUGACCUACAAAUACAGCGCAAUUAAAAUACUUCACAAUCGUACCUUCUACAGUUUGUGAACGUCGACAAUCACCACCGCUCCUAUUUCACGCCACUAUAAAUGAAAGAAGUGAGAUCCACUUCUCAAACGAUCAAUACACUCAUCGGAGUUCAAUUUAAUCUUUCCAAUUAUGGCGGAUCUCAGCCAUCGCACCGAGAUCUCCUUUGCCGAAACCUUCAUCUGCAGCGCAUUCGCCGCUUGUUUUGCUGAGUUAUGUACAAUCCCUCUAGACACUGCUAAAGUUCGCCUCCAACUCCAAAAGAGAUCAGUAUCGGGAGAAGAAAGUGGUGGUGGUGGAGCUAAGUACAAGGGUCUUUUAGGCACAAUUGCUACUAUAGCCAAGGAAGAAGGUUUACUUGCACUUUGGAAAGGUAUUAUACCUGGAUUACAUCGCCAAUUUAUAUAUGGAGGCUUAAGGAUCAGUCUGUAUGUGCCUGUUAAGGCUUUUUGUGCUGGUGGUAAUAUUCUUGGAGAAGUUUCCUUGUUUCAGAAGAUAGUUGCUGCUUUGAUUACAGGUGCUAUAGCAAUUACAAUGGCUAAUCCAACUGAUCUGGUGAAAGUCCGGUUACAAGCUGAAGGUAAACUGCCAGCUGGCGCACCCCGUCGCUACACUGGUGCCCUAAAUGCCUACCACACAAUAAUCAAAGAAGAAGGAGUAGUUGCACUUUGGACUGGUUUAGGCCCAAAUAUAGCCAGAAAUGCCAUUAUAAAUGCUGCAGAACUUGCUAGCUAUGAUCAAGUCAAACAGAGUGUUUUGAAAAUUCCAGGGUUUACAGACAAUAUAUUCACUCAUCUACUCGCGGGUUUAGGUGCAGGGUUUUUUGCUGUUUUGAUUGGUUCACCUGUUGAUGUGGUGAAGUCUAGAAUGAUGGGAGAUUCAAUCUACAAAAGCACUUUUGAUUGUAUUAUUAAAACCUUAAACGUUGAGGGAGCCCUGGCUUUCUAUAAAGGAUUCCUCCCAAAUUUUGGUCGGCUAGGAUCGUGGAAUGUUAUAAUGUUUUUGACACUUGAGCAAGUAAAGAAAUUAUUCAUAUGGGAAGUUUGAAGUUUAUCACAUCAUUGUAUAUUUAACAAAAAAAUAUAUACAAAAUUUGAAGUUAAGAACAUAUAGAUGAGCUUCUGCUUCUGUGUGUGUUUUUAAAUGACCAAUCUUGGUUACUUUUGGUCAUCUUUCAAUUGUUGAUGUUUGUAUCAUUCUUAUGGUGUCAUAAUUAUAUCGUUAUGACAAUAUUGUUUAAUUUUGAUCAGAUAAUUUAACAUAAGUCAAUAAUAAUGAUUGAG